AUGUUAAAGUGUAAUAAAUUGGAUUAUUUAUCUUUGGACAUUAAUGCAAUUAGGUGUGAUACUUAUGGAAGAUUAGCAGAGUGUAUGAUGACCCUGGCUAAUUUUCCGGGUGCUUCACAUUGUCUUGUUCCAUUAAAAAAAUUUGUUUCAAGAGGAAUAUAUGAUAAGGAUAUUAUAUUUAAAUCUUUGAUUCAAUAUUGUAGAAACAUUGAUGAAAUGAUCAUUGAAGAUAGUGAUGCUACUGAAGGGGACUCUCUCGUAGAUUUAAUUACCUCCCAAAGGAAAUUAUGUAAAUUCACAAUUGGAAAUUGGUGGGGUUGUUUAUUAAAGAUAUUAAAAUCUUUGGGAGAUCAACGUAAUAGUUUGACUUACAUUGAAAUUUAUGGAUGCCAUUUUCGUAGUGACUUUGUUAAUGAUAUAAUCUUUGAUGGAGUGAUCUGUUGUAAAAAUUUAGAAACUUUAAAGAUCGAAGAAUGUUAUAACUUAACGAGCAAUAUAAUGAAACCAUUAGCAACUACGAUAUUCCCGAAAUUACACACCCUUUAUUUCUCCAAUUAUUUAUUAAUGGAAGAUAUAGAAGAUUUUAAUGACCAAGGGAUGAUCCCAAAUAAUGAUCAAGAUCGGGAUCACCCCCAUUUAGAACUCAUAGCUAUUAUUCAAAAUGCGAAUUUAACUUUAAGGGAUGUAAGAUUGAAUAUGGAUUUAUUGGAUUAUCCUGAUAUAAUUACUAUUUGCGCUACAAAUUGUCCAAAUAUUACUCAUUAUAAAGCAAGGAUUCAAAAUCAUUCGGAAAUGUAUCAAUUACUGCAACUCUUAAAAUCUUGUACUCGAUUAGAAAAAUUGGAGAUAACAGCAGAGAAAUGGGAGUGUUCUGAUCUUGGAUUGCCAUGGGAAAUUGAUUUGUUUUUUCCGGAAUUAGGAAAGUCAUUACCAAAAACUUUAAAAUGUUUGGACAUCGAUGGAUGGAGUUGUACUCCAUUAGGUUUAAGUAAUUUUUUAAAGAAUUGCAAUGUUGAUAUUAAAAGAAUGAGUUGGAUGUGUUAUAUUAGUAGUGCUGGUUAUUUGGAGGUCAUAGAGAAAUAUGCGAAAUUAAAAGGCAGAACGAUCAAUAGACAUAAAGAAAAGAAAAAAUGGGGUCUGAACUUUACUUUGACCGUAGAUUUCGAUUAG